GUCUGCAUGCGGUAAUCGCGUCACUUCGUCCACGACCCACACUUCCAAACAUUCACCUCACCACACCUGACUUCCACCUUUUCACACCACAAAACAAAACAUCCAAUCUGUUGGCGCAUAUAAUCAAUCCUCUGUCAUAUAGGUCGCUAUCACAUUUGGACCUUAUUCAAACCUUCACAGUUGGUAUCGGUUUUAUUCAGAGUACAUUUCAUAGGCUCGUAGCCUUCUCAAUACAGCCAAUCAUAUCACAACAUUUUCAUAGUUUCUAUCAUCAACUUCACCGCGACAUCGUCCAAUUUUCGUCACAAUGGCAGAAGCAACUCCCACUGAUACCCCUACCUUAUCCGCUAUUCCGUCUGCCCUUGCGUCAGCUACAGUCUCUGCUGCGGCAACUCCUCAGUCUUUGCCUCCCAUGGAUCCCGAAGAGCGUACCAAUUCACUUCACGUGUCGCUAGCCGACCUAACUGCCAAGGCGACCGCGCUUUAUGCGCAGAAGAAGUUCGAGGAAGCUGCCGAAGUCUUCUCCCAAGCGACCGAAAUGCAAGCUGAGAUCAAUGGCGAGAUGGCUCCCGAAAAUGCCGACGUUCUAUUUCUCUACGGUCGCAGUCUCUUCAAGGUUGGCCAGAGCAAGAGUGAUGUUCUAGGUGGAAAAGCAGCUGGCGAGAACAAGUCCAAUGGUGCUGCUGAGAAGAAGUCCAAGACAAAGAAAUCGCAAGCCGAAUCUUCGGCCGCUACGAAGACAGCUGAGAAGGUGACCGAAGAAGGAGUAGCCGAUGCGGUGGCAAAGGCCGCGACUGAAGGAGAGAAGGUAUCUGAUGCUAAGAAACCAUUAUUUUCAUUUGCAGGCGACGAGAACUUCGAGGAUUCUGACGAGGAAGAGGAGGCUGAGGGAGAAGAAGACGAAGACGAAGAAGAUGACGAUCUUGCAGUAGCCUUCGAGAUUUUAGAUCUAGCACGUCUGCUUUUCGAAAAGUCCUUGGAACAAGACGACCAAGAUUCAUCUGAAGGCAAAGGAAAAGAGAAGGCUGAAGGCGACAGCCCUACUGUCAAGCACAUCAAGGAGCGACUGGCCGACACACACGAUCUCCUUGCGGAAAUCUCUCUAGAGAAUGAGAAGUACCCUCUGGCAAUUAAUGACUGUCGUGCUUCCCUGAAGUACAAGGAAGGACUGUAUAGCGAGGAGUCGGAGCUAAUUGCUGAGGCCCAUUUCAAGCUAUCAUUGGCCCUUGAGUUCGCAUCCGUCACCACCACCGAAGAAGAUACCACUGGCGCGAAUGCGAAGCCUGUUGACGAAGAGCUGCGAAACGAAGCUGCUACUGAGCUAGAGAAAGCUAUUAAGAGUACGAAGCUUAAGCUCGAUGCGAAAGAAGUCGACCUUGCGAUGCUACACGCGCCAGAAGAUAAUGAAGCGACGAGGAAGCAGAUCGCCGAGGUCAAGGACCUGAUCGCGGACAUGGAGCAACGGCUGGUCGACCUACGCAAACCGCCCAUGGACGUUAACUCUGUCCUCGCAUCCGACGAUACUAUGCUGGGUGUCCUAGGCGCGGCCUUAGGCGACUCUACCGAGAAGAAGGAAGCAAGAAUUGAGGAGGCGAAGAAGAAUGCCAAGGAUCUAUCCGGUCUAGUGCGCAAGAAGGCCAAGGAGGAGCCGAAACAAGAGACGAACGGCAACGGCAAGCGCAAAGCCGAGGAUGCGGCGCCAGGCGACGAAGAAGUGAAAAAGGCCAAAGUCGAGGAAGCAGCACAGUCCUAAUCCACACCAUGUGUUAAUUAUAAACGCGCGCUGAGGUAAAGGCAAUACAUAAGGGUUAGGCUUAUGAAUCAAGGGGCGCCCGUUAUCUAGGAGUUUUCAAUCUGGCGUUUCGUCAAUUAUCCGUCGUCAUUAAGGAAUGGAUCGGAGAUGGGUUGUAAAUUACCAUGUAACAUAGGAAAAGUCUUCAAACGAUGGUGGCAUCGUACGACAACAACAGACACACCUGGAUCAUCGCGUGGGCAUCUGGCAGAAGGGAACAAGCAAAAAGCAAGUCGAGGCAAAGCAAGGAA